AUGGCAACGCGCGAUAAGGCGGGGACUGUACGUCCACGCUCUCGGCGUUCAAUAGCCUAUGUGCCAAAGACUGGCUCAACUCCAGAUCAAGAAAAUGCUACAACCGACAUCGGCGCAAUGAAGGGGUUUACUGGCGAGGGAAGAGGUGCGACGAGGGACAAGAAGUCUCGCAGCAAGAGCCUAGGGCCUGGGGGCUUAGACGCUCUUCAGUCAUUGAGUGGUAAUAGACGAAAGUCCACUAUGGCAAUUCCUCUCAAGUCUAUUCUCAAACCAACAAUUCCAGUAUCACCCCUUCGCACUAUUCCGACGUUUGACGAGGCGCGCAGACAAAGAGACACUGCGAACAAAUCACAGGCUGAUGAGGGUCUACUGAUUGACUUCUCUACGCCGGCGAAACCACCCGUGACAGGUACAGAGCAACUAGAUAAUCCCUUUGACGGGUUCAAUGUCUCCUCGGCGAUUCGAGACGCAAAAGAACGGGAGGAAAGAGAACGUAAAGAGCGCGAGAAGAAGGCAAUUCUGGAGCAACGUGAAGCUCGCCGGAAAUCUAUGGCCAGUCGCAGAGUGUCGUUCGCGCCCGAAGCUACACUACAUACAUGGAAUGUUGUAGAGCUUGCAGAGGAUUCAACAUCAUCAUCUGCAGCUAACUCAACCAGACGUACAUCCUCAUUGGCCAAUUCUAGGAACCAAGCGCCCACUGAACCUCAGGAAUUUAAGGCAGAAGACGAAGAAGAUCCGGACGCUAUAUUUUCUCCUAUACAGCCUUCAUUACAUCAACAGCCACACGAACUAUCUUCCAGCCCAUUUAGUGGUAGCUCUGUCGGAGGUAGUGAUGGCACACAAAGCCCGGUCAAAGAUGUGGAUGAUGCAGACUCCGAUAGUGAGGAUUUCGAUGCUGAAAGCACAGCAAUGAGUCUCGAUGAUAUUACUUCUCGAACAAGCGGCACGGCUCCCAUGGAUGAUAAUACAAGUUCAAGUGAGCGCUUGAACGAAGCAUUGCGACAAGCAGCUCGGGAAGCUGGAACCAGGGGAAUUGAUCUCGAAGAUGAUAAUGACGUGUCAAUGGAAAUCGCGGAUCAAGAGAUAACAGGUGCAUUCAAGCCAUGGAUUCAGAAAGGACAAAGAAUCAGUUUCGAUAUGGAAGAUAUGAGCGCAUUGCAAGACCAGGAAAACAUCAACCCCUUUUCGCAAUCACCCCGUUACGAUCAUGCUGGUUCAAGCGACAGCGCCGAAGACGAUUAUAACGAGAAUGAAGAGCUAAGCAUGGAAAUCACGAACGCUGUUGGGAAGAUUCUAAGCAACUCUCAGGUCAGCCGAGGCCCUAGAAAAUCGAUAAGCGAGCAGACAAACUACGAUGAGCAAACAAUGGAGUUGACCAAAGUUGUUGGUGGUAUCGAAGGGCAGCAGUCUCCCGAUGCUGAGAGCAACAUGGAAGAGAAUGAAGAAAUGACUAUGGAGUUCACGUCUGUAAUCGGUGGUGUCCUUAGCAAGCACGUCCCUAGCACCGUAAGACCCAUCGGCGGCAGAGUUGCUGAUGCGCAAGGCCAGGAGGACACUAGUCGUGAUUUCUCUGAAUGGGGGAGUGGUGAUGAAGAUGAGGAUGCAGGAAUGGAUAUGGAAUUUACUGGAGCAGUUGGUGGGAUUUUGUCCCCUAUCAUGGAGGAGAGAACAGGAUCGCAGGACGGACAUACCGCUGGCAUGGACAUAACCGCUGCAGUAGGCAGGAUUCUUUCGCCUGGACUAGCUACUUCUGACAGGAACCAGGCGAAGGAGCUUAUGGAGCUGGAGUCUGAAUCUGGGCAGCUGCUUAGUUCACCUUUCCAGGUCCAAGUGCCACCGUCUCCUGCUAAACCUUUACCGUCUCAUCAUAUUGCUCCUAUUGCGUCCGAAACUGGUAGCCCCAGCCUUGCCAGCGUUCGUUCUCGUCGCUCGAGAAGAGGUUCUGGAUCGCCCGCUAUCCACCUCUCACCUUCACGACAACUCACUCCCAGCAAGAAGCCUCGCACUCCAUCAAAACAAGCAACGCCUCAGCCCCCUCGUCCGACAACACCGGGAAAGACUCCUCCUUCUAGUAAUAUAUCUCUCAGAAGCGCAUCACCCAAGAAGCUGUUUAGGGAAGAGAUCAAAGCGUCAGCAUCAAAGUCGCAAUCACCAGGGCGUCGAAGUCUUUUUGAAGCCAGCGCAAAUGGUGACUCUACUCCAGUCUUCAUUUUACGGCCCCACCCAAGGCAGUCUUCCGGGCUGGGUAUUGAUAAAGAAGGUCUCGGUUCUCCGAAAGUGGCCGAGAUAUUAGACCGCCGACGCUCUAUAGGCGAGGACGCACAGGAGUUUGUUCCCCAAGAGCCAUCACCUAGGCGGCUUCGCUUUGAAGAUCCCAUCAAAAUCCACGAGGAGGUUGACCGAGAGAGAGAGGAAGAGGAAAAUAGAGAAGAAAGAAUUUCAGUUCUUCAGGCAUCUGAUCUUGACCCUACAACAAACUUGAGAGACCUCAUCUCGAGUUUGACCCCGAAAAAGAGAAAAGUGGGAACUCGAAAGAGUUUACAUGUUGGUGCCGCAAGAGGUUUACUGGGGAAGCGCCCUGCUGAACUUGAUGAGGACGAGGAAGAUGAGUCUCCCAAGAGAAUCCGGGCCGCUAACGCGAGUCCUGUCAAGCCAGUAAAACUUCCUGCACCUCCGUCGAAAGAUGAGACUGUUCGACACGUGACCCGUGGCUCCAUGGGCAAGUCGUCCGAUCUUUCACCAGUCAAACAAGGCACUUUUACUCCACGAGGGCAGCCUCUUGCUAGGAUAGAAAGUCCACUGAAGCUCAAGAGCCCUUCUCAGGCUCUGUACAGGAGCAAUGACGAAGGGACGCAAGAACAGCAAAUUGAAGCGGAACCAGUCGUAUAUGAAGCUCAAGACGCGCCUGAGGAAGAUUUGGAAUGGGAGCCUAUUCAACUUCAAGAUUUUCUGAAUUUGACCAAUAUCCAUUUCAUGGAACUUACAACAACUAAGCGACGACAUACUACCGUUGCCGGAAACGAUAGGAUGACCGACUUCCGGGGAACUCGUCAGACAGAUAAAAGAGUAGUUAGCUUGGAAGAUUGUGUUGCAGCAGGCUUCUGCACGGUGCCAAUGCUCGAGUUGUAUCAGCAUUCUUGCCGCGAAUUAAAAUCAUACAUAUCUGAGGGGCGCCAAAUCAUCCACUCUAUUGAAGAGGAGACCUUUGCCGACAACCCUCCCUUGUUUCGUGAAUAUGUUACUGCUCGACCUGACAUCCGACUACUUAUGGACAAUCAGUUUCGCAAUGUGAAAACGCACGCUAGACUCCUCAGCAAAGCUAUGUGGUAUGAAUGGCGAAUGAAAUUGCUCGAAGGCCUCAAGGAAGGAUUGGACCGUCACGUGGAAGAGAUGCAAGCAGAUGACGCUCUUCUCUCUCAACAGGAGGCCAUCUUACAGAGCGUAGUCCCUGGACUUGUCGAAAAACGUUCCCUGUUGGAUUCCGAGGCCUCAAGGAUCCAAGAAAUUGUGGACGAGAUGGAAAAUAUCGAUCCGAACGAAUUGCGCAUGGCUCGUGAACGGCUUGCCAAGGUCGACACUGAGAUCGAGAGAAAGAAGAAACAAUUGGAGCAAAUGCAAGAAGAUCUGCAGAACAAAAACGACACGAUUGAAGCAGGGGCCGAAUUGAAGGCUGAGUUCUUGAAACAGAUUCGUGAAGCGGAGCGGGUACAAGAAGAAUGCCGAGGAUGGAGUAUCAAGGAGGUGAAUGCUCUGAAGGAUUCUGUUCAUGCGUUGGAAAUUCAGACUGGUUGGUCUAUUGUGUCCGCCAUCGAUGGGCAGGAACCCACUGGGCCUGGAAUGACUCUAAGAUACAAGGGUGAGCUCGAGGUGAAAGUCUAUCCGAAGCUGUUCAAGUCAGCCACCGAAACAAAGGAAGACAAGAGCUUUGCAUCUUUUGAGCUUGCAUACAACUCGCAACACAAGGGACAAUCUCAUACGCUCGCUCAUGCAAAGUCCUUCAUCUUUUCUCAUCUAUGCACCGCGGUGAGAACCAUUCCAUCCUCGACCCCUCUUAAGCAGGUCUUUAGAUUUCUCACCGAUGCUUGGGACUUGACGUAUCGAUUUGAAGAAGAAACUCGUUUCCUGAACUUUCAUGGCGUCACCAAGACUGCAGUCACUGACGCUGCUGAUGUUGGCGUGACUUCACGCGCCAGAUGCAUUCUCAUUGGAAUGGUGGACUCAGGAGAAGGACCAAAACAGGCCCGAAUUGACGUCGAUUUUCGACUUACGCCCAGAGUUAAUGACGUUAAAGAGGACAGCUCCAACACAGUGGUUGAGAAAUUGCAGUUAUACACGGACGUUGCCGUCAGCAAAGUAUACGGGUUUCCGAAAGAAGGGACACGCAAGAAAAUCCUGUCGGACGCACAGAUGCGGGAUGUCAUUCUACGGAAGUUGCGGGGACAUAAAGGUAAAGGAGCGGACGUGACAUCUGGCCUGAUGGUUAACCUUGGUCAAGGUAGCUGGGGCCGAUCAGUGCAAGAGCUGGCGUUGAAGGUGUUUUCUUGAAGUUAUACUGGCGCUUUUGAUUUUACACAGGAGUAUAGCUUAUGAUGGUUCGGGG